UAGGCAGGCGACUGCCGUAAGAAAUGUAUUAUCAAGACGUUUUUUUUUGGACUAUUGCCUUUAGACUUUGACUCGAAAAUUCGCCGAUGAGUGAUGAUUUUGGACAAUUGAACACACACUGCAUAGAAUUUGCAAUCAAUAGCAGGAAGAUCAAGUUCGUUAGCAACAUCCUUGCUCAUAUAGGGAUCCAACCCAAAGUGUGACAUUUCUUGUGUGUCUUCUUCGGAACUAACAAUGGGGACUCCACAGUAUAAAAAGUGUGCACAAGCAACUUAUAUCAUUAAUUAGUGAUUUGAGUUCAGUUUAGUGAGAUCGAGCCGGAGAAAAACUGCCUGCCAACAUGUUCAAGGUCGCUGUCUUCAUUUCCCUGCUGGCUGCAGCCAGCUGCAGCCCAGUGGAUGCAACAUAUAUUCCUUCAGGGCAAAGCGACGUUGGAUCGGGAGCUCGCAGCACUUUUUCCCCAUCUCUCAGUGGCCUAAAUGCAGGAACUGAUGCCACACCCAAACCUAAACCGAUUGCAGUCCUAAAAUCUUCCCUGGAAAACACCGGCGAUGGCACCUACAGCUACAACUAUGAAUCUGCCAACGGAAUCGUGUCUGAAGAAGCAGGCGAUGUGCGUGGCGACGGCACCAAAGCGCAUGGCUCUUAUUCCUUCACUUUGCCUGAUGGUCAGCACGUUUCAGUCAGCUACACAGCUGAUGAAAACGGGUUUGUUGCACAAGGUUCCCAUAUACCAGACAUUCCAGAAGCUAUCCAGAAAGCUUUGGAAGCCAACGCGGCUGCUGAAGCUAGAGGAGUUUUCGAUGAUGGCCAGUGGCAUGGUGAAGGAUUGGAAGAGAGCCAAUAUAAGGAGGAAAUAGGAUCUGCAGUUGGUGCUGGCAGUGUCAUCAGCGCCAAGUCAGCAGGGCAAGGAUACACUUAUUAACAAUGUUUGAUCGCCUCUAUGUCUGAAUAAAUCCCAGUUUUGGAAA